AUGCAGAGAGCACAAAGCCACCCAACUAAGAAGGAACUGCCCUAUCUCAUCCUUCCUCCCUUCCUCACUGACAGCCCCCACGAAAUGCUGGCAGACCAAGUAAGCAGCUAUCAAAGAAAAACUCUCCCCGAGCCCCGGGUAACUCUUAAAGUGGAGGGGGAACCUGUUCAAUUUUUGGUAGAUACCGGAGCCCAGCACUCCGUCCUUCUCCACUCAAAAGGUCCUAUCUCAGCUAAAAGGUCAUGGGUACAAGGAGCCACUGGGAAUAAACAAUAUUCAUGGACCACACGAAGGACAGUAGAUCUUGGGAUUGGACGAGUAACCCAUUCAUUUUUGAUUAUUCCGGAAUGCCCCUAUCCUUUGCUGGGAAGAGAUUUACUCUCCAAAGUAGGGGCUCAAAUCCACUUUCAGCCAGAAGGUUCCACCAUAACUGAUAAUAAAGGAAGGUUACUUCAAAUAUUGACUAUGAAAUUAGAAGAUGAAUAUAAAUUAUACGAGCAGCCUUCAUCCUCACGAGUUAAUGUUACAGAUUGGGUAACUCGGUUCCCUCAAGCCUGGGCAGAAACUGCCGGAAUGGGGAUGGCCAAAAAUCGGCCCCCGGUGCUAGUGGAACUCAAGGCAACUGCCACCCCAAUAAUGGUCCGUCAAUACCCCAUGAGUAGAGAAGCCAAAGACGGUAUCCGUCCCCAUAUACAGAGGCUACUAGACUUGGGCAUCUUAAUAAGAUGUCAAUCAGCAUGGAACACCCCUCUCCUGCCGGUAAAGAAACCAGGAACAAAUGAUUAUCGGCCGGUGCAGGAUCUACGAGAGGUAAACAAACGGGUGGCAGACCUCCACCCCACAGUUCCAAACCCUUACAACCUCCUGAGCACUCUUCCACCUCAACAUACGUGGUAUACUGUUUUGGACCUUAAAGAUGCUUUUUUCUGUUUAAGACUGUCUCCCCUGAGCCAACCCUACUUUGCCUUCGAAUGGAAAGAUCCAACAUCGGGAAUGUCUGGUCAGCUGACAUGGACACGGCUACCUCAGGGAUUUAAGAACUCCCCGACCAUCUUUGAUGAAGCCCUCCAUCAGGAUUUGGCAUUAUAUAGAGAAUCAAAUCCCCAGGUAACAUUACUCCAAUACGUUGAUGAUAUUUUAUUAGCUGCUGAGACCCAAGAAGAUUGUAUCAAGGGUACUGAAAAACUGUUAACGGAACUUGGAACCCUGGGAUAUAGAGCCUCAGCCAAGAAAGCACAAAUAUGCCAACAACAGCAAGCAGAAUCCAUGUUACAACAGAUGCACAGAUGGACACAUUUGGGGACUAAAAAGAUGGUAGCCUUGUUACAAAAAGCCGGGUACGAAACCCCUGGAAUGACAAAAUUAGCUGAACAAAUUGUGCAGGAAUGCGUCCCAUGUCAACAGGUAAAUGCUCAAAAAGGGAAACUUGAAACUGGAAGGAGACUCAGGGGGGACCGCCCAGGAACUUACUGGGAGGUGGACUUUACUGAAGUGCGUCCUGGAAGGUACGGUAAUAAAUACCUUUUAGUUUUUGUAGACACUUUUUCAGGAUGGAUAGAGGCUUUCCCAACAAAGAAAGAAACAGCUGCUGUAGUCGCCAAGAAGAUUUUAGAAGAAAUUUUUCCUCGAUUUGGAGCACCAAAGGUAAUAGGGUCUGAUAAUGGUCCAGCCUUCGUCGCCCAGGUAAGUCAGGAUGUGGCCAGAUAUUUGGGGACUGAUUGGAAAUUACAUUGUGCAUAUAGACCCCAGAGUUCAGGUCAGGUAGAAAGAAUGAAUAGAACUCUAAAAGAGACCCUAACCAAAUUGUCCUUGGAGACUGGCGGUACAGAUUGGACGGUGCUCCUUCCUUUAGCCCUGUUCCGGGUUAGGAAUACACCUUCCCGGUACCAUCUUACUCCUUUUGAGGUGCUAUACGGGGCCCCACCUCCCCUUCUCACCUUAGGAGAAGAAAUAAAACCAGACUGUCAAAAUAACACUGACUUGUAUGCUAGGCUAUUGGGACUCCAACUGGUCCAAAAGGAGAUAUGGUCCCAACUCGCCGAGGCCUACCAACCGGGAACACCGGGAGAAACUCAUCCUUUCCAAGUCGGGGACUCCGUAUACGUCCGUCGGCAUCGAACCCAGACGUUGGAACCUCGAUGGAAAGGACCAUACACCGUCCUCCUAACCACCCCAACGGCCAUAAAAGUGGACGGCAUCGCUGCCUGGAUCCAUGCUUCACACGUGAAAGCUGCACCAGCGGCGGCAUCAUCAGGAUGGCAGGCCCAAAGAACCGACAACCCGCUCAAACUCAAGCUUCUACGAACCUAA